UUGUGUAUACGUAGAAUGCUGUGCGGGGUUUGCGGGCAUGAUGCGGGGCGCUUCCGUCCUAGGAUGACCGACAGUCGCGACUUCCUGUAAUCAUGUCCCGGGCCACAAAUGAUCGAGAUCUACUUCAUUCCUCCAGUAAUUUGGCAAAGCCCUCUGGUUUGCCAACUGCUAGUGCCUAUAUGGUAGAGCAAGCAGUCAGAAGAUUGGAGGGCUCAGCCUCCAUGCAGGAGAGGCUGUGCAGCUAUGUCUUCUCCAACUGAACGCCCAGGCUGAGUCUCAGCCGGAUCGUUGUUGCCUCGCUCUUCCGUCUCACAUUUCUCAAAUACCCCAAAUGCAAAUCCCAUCAACCUAGCAGAAAUAUCAGCUUCUGGUAUACUCCACUGUACGAUGAUCGAAUGAGCGAUUCGAGCUUACUGCAGUACAACAUUAUUGCACGAAAGAGCAUGGGAGAAGAUGGCAGCCUUGGGCUACACACAGCUGGAUCGAAGUAAAAAGACUAUUCGCCUCCUCACUGUAGCGCCCGGCGACCCGCAAGAACAGAUUCGCUGCGAACUCACACAUGCUGAUCUCGACGAGCAUCCUUCGUUCAUCGCUUUAUCGUAUACUUGGGAUCAAGGUGGCGGACUCGCCGAAAUCCAAUGCUGCGGGGAAGCCGUUCAGGUCGGCAAAAACCUCCGUAACUUCCUCCGCCGUUUCCGAGUCUGGGAUGAAGGUCGCGGAAAUCGUCUGUGGAUCGAUGCGUUAUGUAUCAAUCAGUGCGAUGUUCACGAGCGUAACCAUCAAGUCGGCCAAAUGCACAUAUUGUUUUCGACCGCGACGUCUGCUAUCGCAUGGUUAGGUGAAGCAAGUUGCAACUCAGAUCUUGCCUACUCAGCCGUAUCCGCUCCACGGAAUUCCCUUGGAUUCGUUGAUGAUAAGACGCGCCAAGCGCUGGUAGACCUCCUCAGUCGCCCAUACUGGUCACGCGUUUGGGUUAUACAAGAGUUCCUUCUGCCUGUCGAUUUGACUGUAUGGUGGAGCGGAUGCCGUGCCACAGCCCACGACCUCCGUCUGGUCGUUUGGGACAUGGCCAGACUCUCCUCGGGAAGCAAGCCACGAUAUCCUCGUAUAUGGGACACGCCGGGGAAAACUCUGUUGCGUUACAGGGUGAACUAUCAACGAAUGCGUGGUUCUGAUAAAGGCGGCUCCUCUGCGGCAUUUUGGGAGUCAAUGAGAUUGCGGUCCCUGUUACAGUCUUUUUCCGCAUCUCAGUGCACUCUAAUACAGGACGGGGUGUAUGCUCUACUAGGAAUCGCAAGCGAUGUCACAGAUUCACCUGAUCCGAUUUCACCGGACUACACCAAGCCGCACAUCGAAUUAUUACUGGAUGUGGUCCGGAAUCAGUGCGGAGCCGAACUUCCUGAAACUAGAGAUGCAUGGUGUCUCAUCGAUUCACUUUGUAAUAUACUCAGAUGUAACCGUCAAGAGAUCGAAAAAGCUGCUUUCGUAAGAGCUCGGAAGGUCAAACGAGAGAUGUACGCUCUCGAUCUUAGAAAUCACUCUUUUGUAUCUUUCAAUUGGUGCUCCUACGUUUCUUUGUUAAACUUAAGCCAGCAUCAUCCUAAGUUGUAUUUAAUGAAGAUCGUUGUACUAAUGGCAGGGGAAAAAGGCUGUUUGACAGCACUGCAGGAUUACCUCGACUACACAAAGUCGCACUGCGGAAUUGCCCAAGGAUCUAUCAAGGACUUGCUUGGACAGCAUAUUGCGACGUUUGGCAAGGCUGAUCAUCGACCCUGGACUGACGUAUCUAGACCGACGAUGGUACCAUUCAAUCAUCAGAGAGAGAGGCCAUACAGUGCAGAUCUACCUAGCGAAUCUUCCCUGGUCAAGCCUAUAAUCGAACAGCUCUUCGAUGAAGGGUGGUCAGCAUUCUUCGAACCGAAUAUGGUGGGGCUCAUGAGAAGAGCGAUCGGCAGAAGCGAACACACUGGAGUCGGACCCUGUAAACGCCAUAAUCGAAAGAUCGCUUCCUAUCACGAGUUUGGAAGAUAUGGAAGUGCUAUAGUAUUGGAAUGCCAGAACCAACGAGCUCCUGGAGGUGCGUCUUGUCGUAGUUCUAACUGGUAUGCAGUAGGCACGGCUUUUAUUCGUCAGCAAGAGUAGUUAUGACUAAAGCCAAAUAAUCUUUCGCAAAGAAAUACCAGGGUCUAGCAUAGUGAAGACUUGUUUGGAAGCCAUAAUUAUCAGCAGCGAGGUACGGCAAUAGCCUCAUCUUGCUGCGCUAGAGGGAAUCGAGCAUCGUAGAGCAUCUACCUAAUGCCCAAAC